CCCGCUAGAGAGAAAAUAUUCGGAGAAGCUCUUCGCAACGUCCCCGAGACAUUCAGUCCACUCACUUUCUUCACCCUGCGCUUGCGGCGCGCCUAAACCCUUGACGAUGGCCCGCGAUAAGCUGGAUAGCCAUGGUUCUUCCAAAAAGGCCUCCUCGACACCCUUGAGCGAAAAGAAAUCACACAAAAGAAAGAGAGACCAAGAUGGCGCCGCCGCCGUCUCCUCGACGCCCACUCCUAGCAAGAAGUCGAAGAAAACCGAAAGUCCAUCGUCCACUCCUACCACCCUUAAAGACAAACCGAAAAAGAAAAGAAAGCCCGCAGUCUCUCCGGACAGUAGUGAUCAGGAAGAGUCGACCUCGAAGGAGAGUCCUGUCCCGUCGCGGAGCGGCAAAACAGCUUCUUCAAGUAAGGACGACGGCAACGCUAAGACAACGAAGAAAUCGAAGAAGAUCAAACGAAAGAGCGCAGGAAAUGAUGUUGACCAAUCUGAGGAGGACGCGAAUCUAGUGGAGAUGAAGGACGCGGACGACGACGAGGUGGAAACACAGAAACAGUCGGAGGACGUGGAAUCCCCCUCGAAGCCCGCCAAGAACAAAUUCUCGGGAAUUCUGUCCAAGUUUGAACGGUCGGCCAAGGUGAAGAAGGCGAAAAAGACAACAGAACAUGACAAAGACGAAGCUGAGGAUGCCGGGGUUAUGACUGCUGAGCCAGUCAUAGCGCAAGGACUAGAGCCUCUACCACAGCCAGAGGUGGCUCCCGAGGAGACGGAGAAGCCGACGUAUUCAUCACUUCCCCCAUGGCUGGCCAACCCUCUACGAGCGUCUGCGGAUGAGCGAACGAAAUUCUCCGACCUAGGAAUCGAGUCCAACCUUCUGCGAAUCCUGGAGGACAAUGGCUACAAAGACGCAUUUGCUGUUCAGUCGACAGUAAUUCCUCUGCUUCUUCCCGGGCCGAAGAAACACUCUGGUGAUCUUUGUAUUUCCGCUGCCACUGGAUCGGGAAAGACCUUGUCUUACGUUUUGCCCCUGGUCACUGAUUUGAAGCCAAUGCCAGCCCCACGGCUGAGAGGAGUCAUUGUAGUCCCCACACGAGAGCUGGUUAAACAGGCCAGAGAAGCAUGCGAGCUUUGCGCCGCUGGUUCGGGCUUGAGGGUUGCCUCGGCGGUCGGAAAUGUGGCCAUCAAGGAUGAGCAGCGGUCAUUGAUGCGCAUUGACCAAGCGUACGGCCCGGAGACUUUCAAGCAGAGACAGAGCUUCAAACUCGUCGACGAGGACUGGACGAAUUUCAGCUUGCAAGACUUCAUUACCGAAGCUGAUGAUGAGAGUGAAUCCCUACCGGGCUAUGUUCACAAGACCGAACCUAAUGUCGAUAUCCUAAUUUGCACGCCUGGUCGUCUUGUUGACCACCUGCGCUACACCAAGGGAUUUACUCUAAAACAUCUGGAGUGGCUGGUAAUUGAUGAGGCCGAUCGACUGCUUAACGAGAGUUUCCAGGAAUGGGUUGACGUUGUGAUGAACUCGUUGGAUGCGCGGAAAGCAGCAGACUCGUUUGGCUUCAGCGGAACGUUCCUAUCUGAGCUUGGUCUUCCUAUACAGAGCAAGGAGCCCAGAAAGAUCGUCCUCAGUGCAACUAUGACACGAGACAUAUCCAAACUGAACACACUCCGCUUGUCGAAUCCUCAACUUGUUAUUGUCGGCUCGGAGCAGGGCCCGACGGGUGAAAAUGGGGACGAGCAGGACCGCUCAGAUGAGCAAUUCACCCUUCCUCCGACACUCAAGGAAUUCUCUAUUCCUGUUGGGGAUGGGGCGAAGAAGCCUCUUCAUCUUCUUAGCCUUCUGCGGUCGCACGUCAAGGUUGAGGCGAGCAACAAACCGAAGAGCGCCCUUUCUGACGACACAUCUGACUCGGGCACUUCCAGCUCGGAGGACUCGGACUCUGAUGACACAAGCUCUGAUGGGUCCAGCUCCGAUGAUUCUGAUUCUGAUGACACGAGCUCCGACGAAUCCAGCUCUGAUGAUUCGGAUUCAGAUUCUGAGGAUGACACUUCUUCGUCGGGUUCGGAUUCAGACUCGGACGCAUCUGACAGCUCAUCUGAGUCGGAAGACGAAGCGGUUGAAAAGAAGAAGCGCGGCCCAGCACGCACCACGGUACUGGUCUUCACGAAAUCGUCGGAAUCGGCGUCCCGACUUUCCCGCCUACUUGCUCUACUUGACCCUUCGCUGGCCACGACAAUCGGCACCAUCAUUAAGUCGAACAAAUCAUCAGCAUCCCGCAAAACGCUUACCGCCUACCGUCAAGGCAAGAUUUCCAUCAUCAUCGCCACGGACCGUGCCUCGCGUGGUCUUGACCUGCCGUCUCUUUCUCACGUGGUCAAUUACGAUGUGCCAUCCAGCGUCACGACUUACGUGCACCGUGUUGGCCGAACUGCAAGAGCUGGCAAGGAAGGAAGCGCUUGGACGCUUGUGGCACACCGGGAGGGUAGAUGGUUCGAGAAGGAGAUCGCCAAGGGCUCCGACGGAAAAAUCACACGACUUGUCAAGGUGGACCGGGUCAACGUGAAACUGGAUGGCAUGGAGGAUGCGAAGUCGAGAUACGGAAGAGCUCUGGAGGCCUUGGAAAGCGAAGUGAAAGCCGGUGCAGUAGUGAAAUCGGCGAAGACAGAGGCAUAAUUAUCUGAAUACCCGCAAAACAAAUGGCAAUAGAUAUAAAUACAUUCUUCUAAAGAUUCCGUCCAAGCUCAUUCCCUUGAAUCAACCCUACCCCCAUCCUCAUCCUCCAUUACUCACUCUCC